UGCAAGAAAGUAAUUGGUGCGGCGUGCGCAGGUGCGCGGUUAGCGAUCCUCUGCCUGGAGUGCGCAAGCGCCGGCGGAGGAGUCCCGCUGAGGCGACUUCGGCGAUGGCGGCCGCGGGCGGCCCUGAGGCGACGGCGGACUCUGAGGGGAUCGCCGCCGCCGCCCCUGCUGUCUCCGCCGUUGCCGUGGCGGCCGCCGCCUCCUCGCCCCCGGCUGCCGUGGUGGUGCAGCGGGAGCCCGUGUACAACUGGCAGGCCACGAAACGGUCGCUGCGGGAGCGCUUCGCUUUCCUCUUCGCCAACGAGCUCCUCAGCGACGUGCGCUUCGUGGUGGGCAAAGGCGGCCCCAGGGCCGGGGGAGGAGGAGGCGGCCCCGGGCCCGGCCAGCAGCGGAUCCCCGCUCACCGCUUCGUCCUGGCCGCCGGCAGCGCCGUCUUCGACGCCAUGUUCAACGGCGGGAUGGCCACCACCUCGGCUGAGAUCGAGCUGCCCGACGUGGAGCCUGCCGCCUUCCUCGCCCUGCUUAGGUUUUUGUAUUCAGAUGAAGUUCAGAUUGGGCCAGAAACCGUUAUGACCACACUCUACACAGCCAAGAAGUAUGCUGUCCCAGCCUUGGAAGCUCAUUGUGUAGAAUUUCUCACGAAGCACCUUCGGGCAGAUAAUGCUUUUAUGUUGCUAACUCAGGCUCGUUUAUUCGAUGAGCCACAGUUGGCCAGCCUCUGUCUUGAUACAAUCGACAAAAGUACAAUGGAUGCAAUAAGCGCAGAAGGUUUCACAGAUAUUGACAUAGACACUUUAUGUGCAGUUUUGGAAAGAGACACACUCAGUAUUCGGGAGAGUAGACUUUUUGGAGCUGUUGUUCGCUGGGCUGAAGCAGAAUGUCAAAGACAACAGUUACCUGUCACCUCUGCAAAUAAGCAGAAAGUGCUUGGCAAAGCCCUCUCCUUAAUCCGUUUUCCACUGAUGACUAUUGAAGAGUUUGCAGCAGGUCCUGCUCAAUCUGGAAUUUUGUCAGAUCGACAAGUAGUAAAUCUCUUUCUGCAUUUUACAGUCAACCCUAAACCUAGAGUUGACUAUAUUGACCGGCCAAGAUGCUGCCUUAGAGGAAAGGAAUGUAGCAUCAAUAGAUUCCAGCAAGUGGAAAGUCGCUGGGGUUACAGUGGAACAAGUGACCGCAUCAGGUUCACAGUCAAUAGAAGAAUCUCCAUAGUGGGAUUUGGAUUAUAUGGAUCAAUUCAUGGACCCACAGACUAUCAAGUUAAUAUUCAGAUAAUUGAAUAUGAGAAAAACCAGACGCUUGGGCAAAAUGACACCGGAUUUAGCUGCGAUGGAACUGCCAGUACUUUCAGAGUUAUGUUCAAAGAACCAAUAGAGAUUCUACCAACAGUAUGCUACACUGCCUGUGCAACUCUGAAAGGCCCUGAUUCUCACUAUGGCACGAAGGGACUGAAGAAAGUAAUCCAUGAGUCUCCCACUUCAAGCAAGACUUGUUUUUUCUUCUUUAGUUCACCAGGUAAUAACAAUGGUACCUCAAUAGAAGAUGGACAAAUACCAGAAAUCAUUUUUUAUACGUAACUUAGACAACCAAGAGGAAGCAGCUUGCAUUGGAAAAGGACAAUUGGGAGAUGUGGAAUACUGUGAAACUGUAAAUAAUCUCAAAUAUAUGGAAGUAUUGUACAUGACAAGCACUAAACUAGUAUUUACUACUUCCAGUGGCAGUAUAUGCAGUUGAAUUCUUCUCAAACUAAAAUAUUCCUACAUGUACAUAAAUAUUUAACUUUAUCUCCCUAACAUGCUAUUACCCAUAACCUGGAAACUGAAGCAGCGUGUUUGUAUUUUUUUCCCUGUAUUAUACUUGUUAUGAUCUCUGUGGAUGAUGUGACUGUAUUUCUGCACAAUACAACAUACAACAUACUCAA